AUGCUAAGACCCUUCGGCUCCCGUCUAAGCCUCAGAAGCAGUUUGUCCAUGUUACUGUCACUCGGGCCUGACUCUCUCUCUGGCUCCAUAGGAGGAAGCAUUGUGCCAGCUCACUGCUUCAGCCAGAAGUGUGCUCAGUGUGAAGAGGCAGCCAGCUGCCUGUGCUGUGCGGAAAGCUCCCUGGGUGAGCCAGGGCUUUGUCCCUGUGAAAUUCCCCCUUCCAGCCUGGGUUGGUUCUUUCUGCCAGGGGAAGCUGAUCCAAGCCCCCUGAGUAGAACCCUUCAAAGACCCAGCAGGCAGAAUGAGGGCAGCGGGUAG